AUGUCCGGCCUCGAAAAGUCACUCUUCCAGCUCAAAUUUACAGCCAAAUCUCUCCAGCGACAGGCGCGCAAAGCCACCAAGGACGAGACCGCCGAAAAGGCAAAGCUGAAAAAGGCGCUCGCACAAGGCAACACGGAAGGCGCGCGCAUCUAUGCCGCCAACGCCAUCCGCAAAAAGAACGAAUCGCUCAACCUGCUGCGGCUGGGCAGUCGCAUCGAUGCCGUAGCCAGUCGAGUCGAGACCGCCGUCACCAUGCGCCAGGUGUCCGGUAGCAUGGCAUCCGUGGUCAAAGGCAUGGACAAGGCCAUGGAGAGCAUGAACCUCGAGCGCAUAUCCAUGGUCAUGGACAAGUUCGAAACCCAAUUCGAAGAUAUGGACGUGCAGACGUCGUACAUGGAAGGCACCAUAGGUGCCACCACGGCGCAAUCCAUGCCGCAAGACCAGGUCGACUUGCUUAUGCAGCAAGUAGCCGACCAGAACGGCAUCGAGAUCAACCACAAACUCGGCGAAGGUGGUCCGCUCGAAAACAAAGUUGCCGACUUGGCACCCAAGGUACCAGAUGGCAAGGUAAAGGAGAAGGAAGACGAUGCGCUCGCCGAACGGUUGCGUGCCUUACGACCUGCAACCUAG